AGCAGCGCAAAAACCCACGUAGCGAUUUUUACCGCAUACCUUAUAGCGAAAGCCGGACGAAAAUAACAUAACGUUGGCACAACCACCUAUCUUAUCAUUCCUCCUCCACUCCCAAGCCGAUUCGCCACCGGGCAUCAAUAUCUUCGUCAGCGGAACCCGCAUUACGUGUGCGUAAACGGCGGCUUUCAAUUUCAUUCUUGGAGCGACCGGCGGCCAGCGUGAUAACACCGGUGCACAGCGAAACCAGCGCCACUUACUAAUUAAGUACGACCACGACCUCCGUGAUAUACAGAAGUCAAUUGUCCGAAGCUCAAAAAUGACGGAUCUUAUCAGGCAGGGUGCUCUGUUCCUUAUGAGCGAGAAGUGCUAUGAUAACUACUUCCUGGAGCACAACUUUCUAGACGUUCCAUGCUUUAAGGCUUUGCUGAGCAAGGGCCUGGGAUUGGCCAUUAUCGCCGGAUCCGUGUUGGUCAAAGUACCGCAGGUGCUGAAGAUCCUGAACAGCAAGUCUGGCGAGGGCAUUAACAUAGUGGGCGUGUUGUUGGACCUGCUGGCCAUCUCCUUUCACCUGUCGUACAACUUUAUGCAUGGCUAUCCGUUUAGUGCCUGGGGCGACAGUACCUUCCUGGCCAUCCAGACCGCCACGAUCGCUGUCCUGGUUUUGUUCUUCAACGGACGCAAGGCGCAGUCCGGACUCUUCCUAGUGGGAUAUGUCGUGCUGAUGUAUGUUCUCAACUCGGGACUUACACCCAUGUCGGCACUGUUCACCAUCCAGAGCUGCAACAUUCCCAUCCUGCUGGUGGGCAAGCUGUCUCAGGCGUACACCAACUACCAGGCUGGAUCCACUGGUCAAUUGUCGGCCGCCACCGUGAUCAUGAUGUUUGCAGGAUCGGUGGCCCGUAUCUUCACCUCCAUCCAGGAGACGGGUGACUUUAUGAUCAUUAUCACCUUUAUUGCCUCUACCUUUGCCAAUUCGGUUAUUUUGGCCCAGCUGAUCUACUACUGGAACAAACCCGCUGGCGCCAAGGUGAAGGAUUCAAAGUCCAAGAAGUCAAAGACCAAGAAGGAUGAUUGAGCUGUGCAAGAGGGAGUUACAAAAAGUAGGAACAGAUAUAAAGAGAUUUGAACUCGAAACAUAAGUUGCAACAACUUCUCGAUAAUGUAGAACAAAUAUGCAAAGUUUAAAUAAAUUGAGUGCUAGUUUAUUAA